AUGGCGUCGAAACGUCCCUUAAUUGAAGAGGAUUUUACUGCGGCCACAGUCUGUGCAGAAACUGUACCCAACAGUACUGGACGACUAAAGGGUCAAGAGAAUGUCCGGUGUGCAGAAAAAGAACCACAAAGAACCCCCCCGUUAACGAAAAACUUAUGCCAAGCUUUCCUGGUUUACCGGGGCCUAGUUUCAGAGGAGCUGUGCGAGAUUCACCGGGAGAGACUGAGUCUGUUCUGUCUGCAUGAUGAACAGCUCGUGUGCUUGGUUUGCAGAGAGUCACUCGAACACAAAACACACACGUUCCGUCCUGUUAGUGAGCUCGCUGAGGAACGAAAGAGACUUUUUCGGAGAGAACUUAGUCUCUUGACUAGAAAACUGAGAUACAACAUGCCAAAUUUGAAUAUGAUCACCAGGCUGAGCACAUAUCACCAGGUCCGGCACACAAAGGAUGUCAUCAGGGAGGACUUUAAGCAUCUUCACCAGCUUCUGUAUGAUGAAGAAGAAGGCAUGCUUGCUGCACUGAACGAGGAACAAACACAGAAAAAACAGCUCAUGAAAGACAAAAUUGAAAAGAUAAAUGCUGAAACAUUAUCUCUGUCCGGACUGAUAACAGAAUUGAGAGGUAAUUUGGACAGUGGGGAGAUCCAGUUCCUUCAGAAAUUCAAGGACAUGAUGAAGAGAGCCCAGGACAUGAACCAGGAUCCAGACCCAGUUCAAGGAGUGCUGAUUGAUACCGCACAAUACCUGGGCAAUUUGAAGUUCACAGUGUGGUCAAAAAUAAGACUUAGUGAAAUAAGUUACUCUCCUGUGGUGCUUGAUCCCAACACUGCUAACUCUCAACUUAUACUGUCUGAAGAUCUGACAAGCUUGAGGGACGAAGAUGAGUUUGAAGAGGAAGACGCGGCUGGUAUGCAGAGGAAGCAGCUUCCCACUAACCCGGAGAGAUUUGAUAGGUUUCCCUGUGUUCUGGGCUCUGUGGGCUAUUCCUCAGGGACACACAUUUGGGAUGUGGAUGUGGGAGACAGCACCUUCUGGAUGCUGGGAGUCACUACAGAGUCUGUCCGGAGAAAAGGAGCCACCAGUCUGCCCAGCGAGGUCUGGUGCGUCGGCUUUGACGGCAACACGCUCAGUCUGAAGGCUCCUCAGGAGUCAUGCAUCCCUUUGCUUGGGUGUGAGAAACCGAAGCGAGUGAGAGUGAAGCUUGAUUUGGAUGAAGAACAGCUUUCAUUCACAGAUCCUCUCAGCAAUACUCUCUAUUACACAUUCACGACCGAUUUCAUGGAGAAGGUCUUUCCAUUCUUCUGCAAUCUGUGCAGCAUCUCUCCUCUGAGGAUUGUGCCUGUGGUCAAGACCUGUAAUUAAAGAGAUAAAAAGUUUGUUUGGAAGUUUGUUUUAGUAUGGUUAUCUUUUGGGAUGCUGUCUUGACAGUUUACAGUCAUUCUUGUUUACUUUGAAUACUUUAUGGCAGACAAUAGGCAAACUGACUAGUGAUUUAUCUUAGCAAAUGUUGACGCUCAGUGUUCUUGAGUGUUCUUUCUUCAAGUAAACUUGCAUAACAUUAAUUUAAAUUUAGUUAAACUGUUCUAUACUGAUCUAUAAUGCUCAAUCUUUUUGUAACUUAAGGUAUGGUAAGAGUUUGAGAAGUUAAUUUGGUUUCCUUU